AUGACCACAGAGCCAUCUUCUACCACCUACGGGGCUCGCGCCAGCAGCUCACUUAGCUCGAUUUCGUCCGACGAGCGCGGCAGCCAGAAACCUGCCAAGGUGGCCGGGAAGAAGCACGCCAGGGAAGCUUCUCCGGAGGACAAGCCAUCAGAAGGGACCAAGGCCAAGAAACCUAGGGCGAGUACUGCUUCUUCGAAAAGCAAGGCGCCAGCAAAGCCUAAAGCUGCGAGCAAGUCAACGUCCAAAGGAGUUAAGCCGGCAAACGGCAUCGCUAAACCCAGCGCCAACAAGGCGAACGGCAUUCUGGACGGAGACUCUGAUCUCUCCGGAUUAGAAUCAGACAGUACGCCCACGGAGAAAUCUGUCGCCAAACCGAAGCCGGUGAAAGGCUUAAAAGCUUCGGCGAGCAAACAGAAGGCACCGGCGAAGGGGACCCAAGCUGGCGGCAAGGUAGAGACAAAAAAGGCGGCGGCUGGAAAGGAUAAGAAGGUACCACCUGCUACCAAGAAGAAGGUAGAACCAAAGCCCAAGGCAGAGAGGAAGCCCAAGGUCGAGCCGACACCUCCAAUCUUUGAGAAGAUUGCUACGCGAUUGAGCUUCGAUGACGGGGAGCAGCGCAUGGCGCUCCGGGAACUGUUAUGGCGAUUCAGAUAUGUCCUUUCUAUACCCGAUCGCUCGCUGCCUGCGCUGGACGACUUUGAUAGACCGAUUACCGAGGCCAAUGUCAGGCUGUUUUCGGGUGCGCUCCUCGACAUGAUCAAAGAUGAAUAUGACGCAAAGAAAUCCGACGACAACGAGGACAUUCUUGAAGAUCUCUUCAACUUUCGAGAAGAACUCCGAUACUACGCAGACCUCGUUCGAUUUGCAGCCAUAUUCAAUCUCCUUUCCGAACCUCUGAACCUUCGCCUUCCGGUCGCCCCCAUCGAUCGCCGUGCCCAAAAUGAUGAAGCUGGUCUUCGGAACCUCUUUGAUCUGGACGAGAACUCCCCAGCCCCUGCCUGGACUACCGGCUUUGCGGCCCCUUCCCGGCGAGGCGCAUCCAAAGUACCAGAGCCCGCGGAGGUGGUGAAGAUGUUGCUAUCUUUGGCGGAAAGGGCGCUUACAACGCCAAAGAUGAGGGGAAAUAUUGAGAAUUUUACCGUCGAGACAAAAGCCAGACGAGAGCAUGGAAACACCACGAAGAAAGAGGUCAAUGCAUGGGAGGAGCGCAAGAAGAAGCUAUCCGAGGAAAGGAUCAAAUGUAAAACUGCUGGGGAGACCAAGGCCAACACCACACGGACGAACAAGGAGUUUCAACAGCACAAGCUACGCAUCGCUCAAGCCAACGUCAACCUUCGCUCCGAGCUGCACCUCGCUUGCCUUCGUUUCGAAUCUCUUGGUACCGAUCUCGAUGGCCGUAUCUACUACGCUCUCAGUCAUCGCCCCGUCACCGACGAUACUCGACCUCCUGUUGGGUGGGGCACUGGGCUUAUCGUCUGGGGUUCCGCGAUAGAAGGUCGUGUGAGUGAAGAGGACAACUUGCCUUCUUCUGUUCGACGGUGGACCCAUUUUGGGCGUGCCAAGGAGGUGAAAGAGCUGCAUACGUGGCUCAAGUGGAAGUUCGAUCGGAAAACGGAGGAGAUCAAGAAGGGGAAAGGGAAGGGAAGCUCGAUCAAUUCCAAGCUUGAAGCGUCAUCUCUUGCUGCCGUACCUGCGUCUCCCACCCGCGGGAACCAGGCCACAGCAGAAGACGACGCAUCCAGCGCCUCCUCUGGUCUUACUCCGCCCCCUGUAUCUUCCACCGAAGAGAUGUUUGCGCUUGUUCAUCCAGAUGAUUAUGAGCCUUCACAAGAGGCCUUACAGGAGUGGUCGAAGGAUCUUCUGGGCAAGGUGGCGGAUGUAGGAGAGUGGCUGGAGGUCCUAGAAUGGAAGGGUCUGGGAGAGCAGUAA